GGCAAGAAGUGGAACACAUCCAGUCAUCUGUCACUUCAAUAUACCUUAAUCUACUUUAAGAUUAAAAAUAGACAAAAUGUGAAAUUAUAUCUUUAAAAAGUAUCAAAAUGGUGCUCACCUGUUGUGCAUAUAAUUGUAAACAAAGGUCAACAAAAGGAGGUCUUUCGUUUCAUGCGUUCCCUAAAGAUCCCAUCUUAAGAGAACAGUGGAUUAGGGCCCUUGGAAGACUUAAUUUCGUUCCUAGUAUUUAUUCAAAACUUUGUUCAAAACACUUCCAUCAAUCAGAUUACAUUUGUCAGUGGGGCCAAAAAGCUCUCAAAAAUGGUACGGUACCAUCAAUUUUUGAAGACCCAUUACAAAUAGGGCCCAAGACAAAAAUUACCAAAAAACGAGGAGAUAAAAAACAAAUAAAAGUAGUGAAUAUUUACAUAAAGACUCCUCCAUCGACAAGUAAAAAUGAAGAAACAGUCACAAAUUUGACUAAAGACGUAGGUGUGAACACACAUCUAUCUGAAUUUGAGGAAUUAAAUAAAUUAAGAACAAGAGCUGCAAACUUAGAAUUAAGAAUUCAACACCUCAAAAUAAUUGAAGAGAAUCUUUUGGACACGUUGGAAAAGUGUUUACCUCCCGAACAAAUCAUUGAAUUGAGGAAAACCUCAAUACUGUAGUUUUCAUUAAAAUUAUUCAAUUUA